AUGGCCACCACCACCGACCCCGCCACGUCGCCAUCAACGGAACACGAGUACCAUCAUACAUGGGCGGUGCACGUUCCACACGGCGAGGCGCACGCGCGCGACAUUGCAAGGCGCCACGGAUUUCUUUUUCAUGGGCAAAUUGGCGGCUUGGAUGGCUACUACCACUUGGAGCUUGAUUGCACCAAUGCUUCGGGCGCUCACUGCGUCCCGCGCCACGAGCACUCACACCACUUGACACGCCGCCUCGUCGACGAGGAGCACGUGGGAUGGGCGGAGCAGCAGAAGGUCUUGCGCCGCAGCCGACGAGAUAGCAUUAGCGACUACGCCGCCACCAUUCCUGACCCUAUGUUUGAGGAUCAAUGGUAUUUGUACAACAGCAAGCGAGACGAUCACAAUGUGAUCCCGGUUUGGCAACGCGGCAUCACGGGCAAAGGCGUUGUUGUGACUAUCGUGGACGAUGGUAUCGAAUACACCCACGCUGACCUCAAAGCCAACUACGAUCCCAAGGCCAGCCACGACAUGAAUGGCCGCGACAAUGAUCCCAUGCCCAACGAACUCGACCCCAUCAACCGCCACGGUACUCGUUGCUCGGGUCAAGUAGCGGCUGGCAAAAAUAAAGUCUGUGGCACAGGCAUUGCCUACGACGCCAACAUUGGUGGCGUGCGCAUGCUUGACGGGGCCGUGACGGAUGCCGUCGAAGCUGGCUCCCUUGGUCUCAACCCCGGCUAUAUUCACAUUUACAGCAACAGCUGGGGUCCCAAUGAUGAUGGCCGCACGCUUGAAGGGCCCGGCCCGCUGGCGCGCAAGGCAUUAGAGAACGGCGUCCAAAAUGGCCGUCAGGGUAAGGGCUCCAUCUUCGUCUUUGCAUCAGGCAAUGGCGGUAGCUCGGACAGCUGCAACUGUGACGGUUAUACCAAUAGCAUGUAUACCAUUUCCAUCGGCGCGCUUGACGAGUCGAACAGCGAACCCUAUUACAACGAACGCUGCGCCUCCACUCACGCCGUAGCGUACAGCUCCGGCUCAGGACGCAGCAUCUCCACGGUCGAUCUGCACAAUGGCUGCACCCGGUCUCACACGGGCACCUCAGCAGCGGCCCCCUCGGCCGCAGGCUUUAUUGCUUUGGCCUUGUCGGCCAACCCCGACCUGACCUGGCGUGACAUGCAACACAUCAUUAUCAAUACUGCCCGCAAGGUCAACCCCUACGACACCACCUGGACCGAGAACGGAGCGGGCUUCAAACACAGCGACAAGUUUGGCUUUGGUCUUAUUGACGCCGAAAAGCUUGUGGAUGCUGCUUUGGCAUGGCGCACCGUGGGCCCUCAGCUCCAGCUAGAGCAAAGCAAGACCGCCAACCAUGCCUUGGAAACGUCUGCCUACGUGGGGACAAUCACGGUGGAGGCCACUCAAACCGGCAUCACCACGUUGGAACAUGUGCAAGUUCAUGUGUUAUGUGAUGCUUAUAAGCGUGGUACCGUGACCAUCUCGAUCGAAAGCCCCACGGGCGUUGUGUCUGAACUCUUGCCGUACCGCUCGCAUGACUACGAGCACUCGGGUAUCGAUUGGACCUUUAUGACUCUGCGACAUUGGGGCGAGUCACCCAUUGGUACCUGGACAUUGCGUGCCAACGUCAAAGGCAGUUCUACAGCCCUACUCAAGACGUGGAAGCUUAUUGCAUACGGCACCGGUUCCGCGGGUGAGGCUGGUUGUGCUGCCGGCACGUUUGCUGAUAGCGAGGGCAUUUGUGUGCCGUGCGAUGAGCAAUGCGCCGAGACUGGUUGCACUGGGGCUGGUCCCAAUGAGUGCAACGCGUGCCUCCACUAUACUUUGGCAAAUGGGACCUGCGUGAGUGAUUGUCAGCCUUACGGGCUGCUCACCCCCAGCACAGAUACGGGCACAUGUCUUCCAUGCCACCCCCUCUGUCAAGGCGGCUGCACUGAUGCGACUGCCAUGGGUUGCACGUCAUGCAUCGGGCCCGUGCUCGUCAAUGAAACUGUGCACCGCGACCAAUGCGUCGCAGCGUGCCCGGAGGGCUAUUACGCCGAUGCCGCCAACCUCUGCCUCGAAUGUAACCCACUUUGUGCCACUUGUCACGGGCCUGCCAGCACCGACUGCGACACCUGUGCGGCCUUUGCUACCGAUGAGGGCACCUGCGUGUCCAGCUGUGCAGCCGGAACGUAUGCCGACGGCCACGCCUGUCACUCCUGCCAUGCGCUCUGCGCAACGUGUUGGGGUCCCGGCGAAGCCAACUGCAACUCCUGUGUGGGUCUAUCUGAGCAGGGCCAGUGUGUGGAAGCGUGCAGCUCGGGAUUUUUCGACAACAACGCCGGGCAGUGUAUGCCCUGCGCUGCCAAUUGCACGCUCUGCACAGGCCCCGAGGCGGGUGACUGCCUACGCUGCGCAGAGUGGCGGCAAGGUGAGGCCUGCGUGGCCGCAUGCGCAGACAACUAUUUCGGCGCCAGCAACGGCGAAUGCCGGCCUUGUCACACUGAGUGCGCCGCGGGCUGCCAAGGACCCUCCAAUCUAGAUUGCCUGCCAGCCGAGGAACCUGACUGCGUGCAUGUGCGCUUGGGCGGCGCCUGCGUGGCUGAUUGCCCUGCGGGCCUGCAGCAGCUCGCCUCGGGGGAAUGCGUAGAAUGCCACGAGCUUUGCGGGGCUGCCGGUUGCUCCGGCUCGGGCCUAGCUGAUUGUCUUGACUGUGCUGUGGCUGCCUACAAUGGCACCUGUGUGGCUUCAUGCCCUGCCACCACAUUCGCCGAUGCCGCGACGAGUACUUGCCAGCCCUGUGCAACGGCGUGUGUAGCAGGCUGCAGCGGCCCAGCUGAGACCGACUGCGACGCAGCCGACUGCCACGACGUCACCUGUCCUGACGGCCAGUUCUUGGAUGUGUCGCAAUGUCGCUGCACUUUGUGCAACGAGGCUUGUGCCACUUGUUCGGGCCCGGCAGCAGAGACGUGUGACACGUGUGCCGUGGCCGAGUACGAAGGCACUUGUGUUUCGAGCUGCCCCGCCGGUACUUACUUGGAGGCCCAAGCCCAGCUGUGCCUGGCGUGUGAUGAGCAGUGUCUCAAUGGGUGCACUGGGGCAGGUCCGACACAGUGCACGGCUUGUCUUCAUGCACGCCUUGGUCAUACGUGCGUGGCUGCUUGUCCAAUUGCCACCUUCUUGGAUGCCAGUAGUCAGACUUGCGUCGAGUGCGAUGCUGAGUGCCUAGACGCAUGCAGCGGUGCCGGUCCGUCGGCGUGUACCUCGUGC